UGGGCCUAAUGUCACAUUAUGCAUCUCAUUGUGUCUUUGUGAUGCUGAGCAGUAUAAAUACAGCCCUCUCAGCCGUUCACACACUCAUUCCUGAUCCCUCACUCCAAGCGGAUAGUUUCUGAGAAGACUUUCAAAGAUGGAUUCAGACGCGAGCUCCACGUGCAGUCGCUCCUCCUCACCAGAUCUUGCAGUGGAUUCCGGCUUUUUCUCCAACAAGAUGUUCCAGGCCUACGGGGAAACGGUGCAGCAGACAUCGGAAAAAGGGUUGCAAAACGCCGGGAAGACUCGCACUCGGGCUGAUCUCUCCAAAGACGACCUGCAAGAUCUACGCUUGAAAGUGAACAGCCGUGAGCGCAAACGAAUGCAUGACCUCAACCAGGCUAUGGACGGGCUCCGUGAGGUCAUGCCGUAUGCUCAGGGACCUUCUGUACGCAAGCUGUCCAAAAUCUCCACCCUGCUGCUCGCCAGAAACUACAUCCUCAUGCUGUCCAGCUCUCUGGAGGAGAUGAAGAAGCUAGUAGGCGAUGUGUAUGGAGCGAACGCUCAGAGUCACUCUGCAAGACGGGUUUUACCACCAACUUCAGCUGCUCCAGCUACACAGUUACCGCUGCUUUCAUUGGCCCCAUCACUGCAUCCUUUAGUGGGCAGCACCUCCGCUUUGAGCCACACUACUGCAAAUGGAGCUCAAACCCCUCAUUCUCCACCCUCCACCGGGUAUCUGGGUUUCCCUGCUCUUCCUACACUUCUAAAAGACCCUCUUCAUCUUUCUAGUGGCUACAGGCAUUUCCCGGGUAUGCCAUGCCCUUGUUCUCUGUGCCAGCCUCUCCCUGCUUCCACAGCCAGCCUGCACGGCCUCUCCAUGGGAAAGUGAUUCAGGCGAGGCCCAGGCUUCAGGCCUGAAGUAGGCCGAAGUUGAAUUUCGGACUCUGAAAACAUCCGGAUGUGUUUCUAGAUGUUGUGUAAAGACUGUAAAUGUUCUGUACAGAAUUCUUUUCAUACAAUCUGCUGCUAUUUUUAUA